AUGGCCAGCAUGAUGAGAGUUUUUCUGAUCCUCCUUUGGACAAUGAACUUGGUUCAGCAAAACGUACCUCAAGCUGCAGGAGUUCAGGUGUUCCCACCUGUUAACUUCACCCUUACAGUCUCUGCGUUAGCACAAGUACUUUUACACUGGAAACCAAACCCUAAUCAAGAACAAAAAAACUACACUAUUAGAUACGAUGUGAAAAUCCUAAGCCCUGUGCCUGAAGAGUAUGAUACAAAGAAGACUCACAGUAUCCGAACAGCUGCACUUCACAACGGUUUCUCCGCACACGUUCGGACGUUACUACUCCAUAAUGACCUUCAGAUGACAAGUGACUGGGUAAAGGAAGAACUCCUGCCUCUGCCAGGUGCUCCAGAGACAUCUGUCACUAAUUUGUCCUGUGUUACUCGCAUCACCAUUUCUAGUACUGUUUCUCUCCAUUGCACUUGGCUUCCUGGCCGAGGGGCACCAGAACAUACCGAGUACUUUCUAUUUUACAGGUAUGAGACGUACACUGAAGAAUGUCAAGAUUAUAUCAAAGACAAGUGGAACAGGAAUACUGAGUGCAGAUUUUCAGUGACUCAUAUUGAUCCUGAACAGGUUGACAAACUCAUUGUAAUACACAUUAAUGGGUCUAGCAAGUAUGCUGCAAUCAAACCUUUUCAGCAGUUAUUUAACCAAAAUGCCAUUGAGAAAGUGAAUGUUCCCAGAAAUGUCACUGUAUUCUUAGAGCAAAAUGAUCUCCUGGCCACAUGGGAGAAGCCAAUUUCUCCUUUCCCUAAAGAAUGUUUUGAAUAUGAAUUUUACCUCUUCAACUUGAAGUCAGGUAACAAGCAGAUAUUGAAAAUAUCCUCAAACGACUUCAGAUUAUGGAUUGAUGUUACCAACAGGUAUUCCAUACAAAUAAGAGCUAAUCAUCACAUAUGUUGUACAAGAGGAUUUUGGAGUGACUGGAGUGAAGUUAUUUAUGUUGGGCAAAACAAACCGGAGAAUCCCAUAGCCUGGAUUCUCGCUGUGCUUUGUGUGUCCACGUACUGCACAUUCCUACUUGUUGCUAUAAUAUGCAAAAUAAACCACAUAUGGAGUAAACUGUUUCCACGAAUUCCAACACCCAGCAACAAAUUCAGAGAUCCCUUCCCAAAUGACUACGAGAGAGCACAUACCUGCACCAGCGACCUGGAGACCGAGUUCGGCAGCUUCGCUGAAGAUCUCUACUGCAGCGCCCUCGACAACUCUGUCUUCUGA